CGCCCGACUCCCGCCUUUGAACACAACCUACCACUACCCACCACACUCGCUCUUCUUUUGUUCCUCUACAUCCUCUCCCUCCCCCCCCACCUCCUUCUCCUCCCUCCUUCCUCCCUUUCCUUCUUAAUGAGUUCUACCAGCUCGCGCUUCAAAGGAUUUGGCUUCGGAUCAAAGCGCAAAUCGGCCGCAGGUCCAGGCAUCCCACCACCAACCCAGCCGCCUCAGCAACCCCUCCCACCCCAACAGCAACAGCAACAGCAGCUGCCACCCCAACUCGCCGGCCAACCCGUCCGCCCGGGACCCCUCUCCCAAUCCAGCUCCUCCAGCAGCCUCGCCAUGAACCAGCACCCAGGCGCCGGUCCUCGCCCACCGAGCUACACGGGUUAUCCGCCAGGCGUCGCGCAAGGCCGAGCAGGGAGCCCGAAUAUGGUGCCAGGGAACCCGCGCACGCCUCCGUCGCAGGUCCUCGGUGGUCCGCCGCCUAUCAAUACCGCGCCGGGCGGUUAUCCCCAGCAGCAUCAGCAGCAGCAGAUGGGGGCCCCGUCGCAGCAGCUCCCUGGUGGGCCGCCGCAGUAUGGUGGACAGCAGCAGCCGUAUGCCCCGCAGCAGGGUGGUAUGGUGCCUCAGCCGUAUACGAGAAAUAAUGCGGUGGAGGUGGAAGGUGCGGGGAGAAGCAAGUCGCAGCUGAUUGUUGGUAUUGAUUUUGGUACUACUUUCUCCGGCGUGGCUUUUGCCUUCAUCUCGAAUGAUAAUGCCGAGGCGAAGGAGGAUAUUAUUACGGAGUGGCCUGGUGCGGGUAUCUACACGAAGCAGAAGAUCCCCACCGUCCUCUACUACGACCAGUACCAAAAGGUCGUCGGCUGGGGCCCUGACAUCGCCGACGCCCUGGCCCCAACCGGCUACCCCAAGCCCGGCGUCCAAAAGGUCGAGUGGUUCAAGCUUCAACUCAUGCUCUCCGGAAACACAUACAUCGACCCCAUCAACCUCCCCCCGCUUCCCCCCGGAAAGUCCGAGAUCGACGUCGCGGCCGACUACCUCUUCAAGCUGCGCCAGGCCAUGCGCAACCAGCUCCAGAAGUCCCUCGGCGAGGUCUUCAACCGCGAGGAGCGCAACAUCAAGUACUUCCUCACCGUCCCCGCCAUCUGGAACGACGCCGGCAAGGCCGCUACCCGCGCCGCUGCCAUCCAGGCCGGGUUCCUGCGCGACGAGAACGAUAACCGCCUCACCCUGAUCACCGAGCCCGAAGCCGCCGCGAUGUUCUGCGCCAAAGCGGGUCUGCUAAACCUUAAAGUCCACGACGCGAUCCUGAUCGUCGACUGCGGCGGCGGAACCGUAGAUCUGAUCGCCUACGAGGUCGAAGAGGAGACCCCCUUCACGGUGGCCGAGUGCACCGCCGGCUCGGGAGACAGCUGCGGCUCCACGGCCCUCAAUAGGAAUUUCAGCAACAUCCUCCGCACCAAGAUCCGCAAGAUGAAACUCCCUGAGGGAUCCAGAACCGCGGGACGCGUGUACGCGAAGUGUAUCAUGGACUUUGAGAAUCGCAUCAAGGCGGAUUUCAGGAAUAAUAACCAGAAGUGGGCCGUUGAUGUUGGGAUCGAGGCUGAGUUCCCUGAGGCGGGGAUUGAGGAGGGGUAUAUGACGUUCACCAACGAGGAGAUCUUGCAGUGUUUCGAGCCGGUCGUCAACCGUAUCCUCGAGCUCGUGAGGAACCAGAUCAUUGCGAUCCAGGCGCAGAAUCGCACCUUACAGAAUGUCCUCGUCGUCGGUGGCUUUGGAGCGAGCGAAUACCUCUUCCAGCAGAUCAAACUCCACGUCCCCCCGCAAUUCCAAGCCAAGGUCGUAAGACCCAUGGACUCCGUCGCCGCCAUCGUCAAGGGCGCCGUCACAGCCGGUAUCUCCGAGCGCGUCGUCACAUCGCGCGUAGCGCGCCGUCACUACCUUAUGGCUACUCUGCAACCGUUCAAGGAGGGCCAUCAUCCGGAGGCGUACAGGGUGCCUAGCUUGGAUGGGAAGGAUAGGUGUAAAUUCACGCGCCAGAUCUUUGUGCAGAAGGGGCAGAGGGUGAAGAUUGGGGAGCCGGUGAAGGUGUCGUUCUUUAGGCAGGUGGCGCCGGGGGCGACGCUGAUGUAUGAGGAUAUUUUGUAUGCGUGUGAUGAUGAGAUUUGUCCGGAGUAUACGAAGGAUCCUAGAGUCAAAGAAGUCGUAACUCUAACCUCAGACCUCUCCCGCAAAAACCUCGAAAAGGACUUUGAGCGCAUGGACACGCCGCAGGGGACAUUCUACCGCGUGUACUUCGACAUCUACCUCACCCUCGACGGCUCGGAAUUCAAUGCUGAGCUAGUGUGUCAGGGUGAGGUGAUGGGGAGGUGUACGUCGAGGUUCCGUUAAGACUGCUUGGGUGCAAUGAUGGGGUGGCUGUGGUGUGCGGGGAUUGUGGGUGUGUGCGUGGUUGUGGUGCGCGGGUGGAUGGAGGUGGAAGAGAGGAAGAGAGGACGAGGGGAAGAGGAGAAGAGAUACCAGGAGGUAGUUGAGAGACAAAAGUAGGGGGGUGCCAAAUCUAUGGGGUGGGUUGCUAUGGAUAGGGGGUAUAAAUGGAAAAAGAGAUUUUUUACGACCAUACGUUUUUUCUAGUUGGGAUCGAUCGAGGAACUAGCAGAGCAAAGCAACGAGCUGAGCUGGGCUGGGCUGGGCUGAACAGAUGAAAGGUAGCCUUGAGGAUGCCACACACAUACAUCCAGAACCGACCCAACUGUUUGCAGUAGAAUGAUGUGUGUCUUGAGUACUGCUGUGAAAAACGGUAAAUCAGAUGAGAUUGUGUGGAUAUAUCAUACCUAUCCUACUCUUCACACCCAUUCUUUUCUUAGACACAAACACAUCGGAAACAUCGCAGUGAUGUUCGACAUAGGCGUAGCUAGAUGGUGGUGUGCUGGGGGCCGGGGGGGGGUUAUGGGUUGUGAGUGGAUCGGGGAUGGUGGUGUUGUUGUCGCCGUGUAAGCUGUCACCGCUGAGUGGUGUUCUCACCGAGUGUUCUCACCGCCCACUCGAUCUCAUCACCACCACCCACCACCCCCUCACACGCCCCAUCACAAGCAGACUUCCCCCUCCUCUCCUCUCUUCUCUGAUCCGAUUCGCCUUAGAGGGUCGUCUCGGGCCAGGUCGAUUACAGUGACCUUUGGGAGUUUGCGAAGACCAUUGGCUUGAUGAGUGGGUUGAUGUGUUUGUUGGGG